GUUCAGGAGGUUGUGGAAAGACUUUUACAUUAAAUGUUUUGAUUAAAAAAUUAUAUGCAAAAUAUGGCAAAACCCAAAUCGGUGUUACUUCAUCAACAGGUUUAUCUGCAUUAAAUAUAGGUGGUAUAACAUUACAUAGUUACACAAAUAUCGGUAUUAUGGAUAAAUCAUUUGAAGAAAUAAUUAAAUUUAUAAAAGAAAAUAAUUUUUAUUAUAAUAGAUGGAUAAAUACAAAGAUAUUAAUAAUUGAUGAGAUUUCUAUGAUAAAUUCAGAUACAUUUGAUUUCAUUGAUCAGAUUGCACGAGAAAUACGUAAAAAUAAAAAACCAUUUGGUGGAAUUCAAUUAGUAUUAUCAGGUGAUUUUUUACAGUUAAAACCUGUAAAGGGAAAUUAUGCAUUUGAAAGUAAAGUUUGGGAAUUGGUAGUUGAGAAAUAUGUUAUGUUGAAAACUCCAUAUCGACAAAAAGAUAAAUAUUUUAUUGAUGGUCUUAAUAAAAUGAGAUUUGGAGAAAUAGAUUCAGAAUUUUAUGAUUAUAUUAUUCGUUUAGCACGACCAAUUAAAUAUAAUGAUGGUGAAGAACCGACAAAACUUUUUGCAACAGUUAAUGAAGUUGAAAUAUGUAAUAGAAAUAAAUUAAAUGAUCUUUCUGGUAAAAAUUUAUUAUUCGAAGCAGAAGAAUGGUCUGUUGCUAAAAAUAAUAAUAGUAGAAAUCAAAAACCAACACAUGAAGAAUUGAUUGAAUGGUUAGAUAAAAGUACAUUAUCAGAAACAAGAAUAAAUUUAAAAAUCGGUGCACAA